AUGGUGCUGCUGUCUGGGGAUGGGACAGGAGCUGGGGAGUCACAUGGCCCUGGGGGGAGUCUGAAGGGGGAGCAGCAGCAGGUCUGGCCCAACUCAGGUGGGGAGAAAGAUGCGCAGGGCCUGGAGGGGGAGCAGCAGGAGCAGGUGGUGGCAGCGGUGGAGGAGGAAGACUAUGAGGAGUAUGAGGAUUUCUCUGAGCUGCCCGACACCUGCAGCAUCGCCUCGGAUGAUUCCUUCUACCCACCUUGUGCUGAGGAGGAUGAGGAGGAGAGCUGGUCCCUGGGGGAGUCGGAUGUCAGCAGCCCCGAGCCGCUGAGCCUCUUCCGAGCCUGCUGCACCAACAACGCCGUGGUGCUGAGAGCGCUGAUGCGCCAGGGGCCCGAGGAGGAGGAGGUGCGGGAGACCGACCGCAACAACCGGACUGGCCUUAUUGUUGCCUGUUACCAAGGUUUUGUGGAUAUUGUAAUAGCCUUAGCCCAGUGCCCUCAUGUUGAUGUAAACUGGCAGGACAAUGAAGGGAACACGGCUCUAAUUACAGCUGCGCAGGCAGGGCAUAUAACCAUUACAAACUACUUGUUGAACUAUUUUCCUGGUCUUGAUAUUGAGAAGAGGAAUGUAUUUGGAUUCACAGCACUGAUGAAAUCUGCAAUGCAAGGCCGAACUGAAUGUGUCAGAGCCUUAAUGUUGGCAGGGGCAGAUGUCCACGCGACUGACCCAAGCCGUGGAAUGACUCCACGGGAAUGGGCUUGUUACACAGGAAGAUCAGAAGCAGCCUUCCUCAUGCAGAGGCUGAUGGACAGGCCAUGCCCUGAGCAGUUUUGUGACCAGUAUAAGUCAGAAUGGCCAAAGAUGAAGGAACUUCUUGCCAAGGCCGCAGAACCAAAAAACUGUUUGCAGAGGAUUUCGGAGGGUGUGAGGUCAGCAAUGUCAUUCAGGGCUUCCUGUGGCCCUGAAGAAGAUGGCGUCCUUGACCACAUGGUUAGGAUGACUACAAGUUUAAACAGCCCCUUUAUUGCCAUAUCUUGCAGGACUGUGUGCCCAGGGAGCCCACCCUGCGUGGGGAAACGCACACUGGCUGUGCAGGAAAUCCUUAGGAAGCAAAGAGCCCAGGAUAUCCGAUCUCAGGACAAAGACCACGUUAGCAGCUAUGAGAAAUUAUUUCAGAACUCCAGAGUCAUGUUGAUCCCCAAAAAGAAGGACCGGCGGGCUAGUCUGCAGCCCCUCAGCCUCACAGUAGCUCACAUGAACACUGUGGUCACAAGGAAAGCAAGCCUCCUGCCCCUGCACCUACUGAGAAGGAGCAGUGUGAGACCAGGAUUUGUCAUCCCCAAAGUGCGUGUCAACAAGGCUCCUCCACCCACCUACCAACCAGAGAAAGUGAGGAGGAAGAGCAGUGCCAAAGAUGGCACUUAUCUACAGAUUCCCAAAUGGAGAUACAAAGAGCUGAAGGAGGAGCGGAAGAAAGCAGAGGAACAAGAGAAGAGGAAAGCAGCAGAGGCUCAGAAAGUGAGGCAGGGGUCUCCGCAGAAGAACAGGACAUGACUCAGUGGUGAGGAUGAUGUCAGACAUUCCAUUGUUAACAGACUGGGCACAUCAAAGUAGGGGCAACUAAACUGAAUAAUGGCCCUAUGGCACUGGAAUAGCACAUGGGCUAUCACUGACUGUAUCUGGUGGAGUGUGAGGAACUCUUGGGGCUGAAGUGUAAAAAAUGGUUUGUUUGCCCACUGGCAGAAAAUUGAGGCGGUGAUUUUUUCCCAAAAUUAACAGCUGAG